AUGUCCACCCUACGUCGUGUGUUGGUGACCAUUCUCGUGGCGAUAUACAUCGCCACUUAUUGCGUGACUACCGCGCGUGAGAUCGCCCGAGACGGUGCUGACGACCUGCAAGUGGCCGCCAGUCAUCACGGUCAUCAUCAUCACGAGCACGGCGGUGGAGAAGAACAUCAUUCCGGUCACCAUCACGAACAUGGCGGGAAGGGCCACAAAGGUUAUAAACAUCACGGUCACCACGAGAAGGGUGACAAGGGACACCAUGACAAGGAACAUCAUCACGGCCACCAUGACGAGCACGGAGGACACAAGAAACACCAUCAUCAUGACGACGGCUACCAUCACGAGCAUCACGAGGGCAAGAAGGGAGAGAAGGGUCACAAGUUCCACGAAAAGGGCCACUUCGGCAAAGGCCACAGCACUCAUGGUCAUCACGAGGUGAAGAAACAUGACGAGUACAAGAAGGACAAGGAAUUCUUCGACGAGCAUCACGACCACGGCCAUCACGAGGAGCACGGUGGCCAUCAUCACGAGCACGGCCACAAGAAAGGCGGCCAUUUCAAGAAGGGUCAUCACGAUCAUCAUCAUCACGAGGAUCAUCACGGUAAGAAGGGUCAUCACGAGAAAGGUCACCAUCAUCACGACCACAAGGGACACAAGAGUCAUCAUGAUCACCACGAGCAUCAUGAUCAUCACCAUCACCACGGCAAGAAGGGCGGUCACGAGGAUCACAAGAAGUGGGGAUACAAGAAGGGACAUUAA